UUGGUUGCAAGAUUCGGUUUCACCAAUGAAUCUGUAACUUUCUGUCACGUGAAAUACAGGACAAACAACCGGAAGGCAGUCGUAAGAGAACUCCAGUUUAGGUUUUUCGUGAGGCUGCUUGACUCAAUCAUUCCGCUUCACAAGCGCGAUUCAGAUAAAAAUGAGGUUGGUUAUCCUUGAAGACUACGAUCUUGCUAGUGAAUGGGCUGCGAAGUAUAUCCGAAACCGCAUAAGCCAGUUCAAGCCCAACGCCGACAGGUACUUCACGUUAGGAUUACCUACAGGUAGCACACCACUAGGAUGCUAUAGAAAGUUAAUUGAAUACUACAAAAGCGGCGAUGUCUCCUUUAAAUUCGUCAAAACGUUCAACAUGGACGAGUAUGUCGGUCUACCAAGAGAUCACCCAGAGAGCUACCACUCCUACAUGUGGAGCAACUUCUUUCAGCACAUUGACAUUGACCCGGCCAACACUCACAUCCUGGAUGGCAAUGCUGCUAAUCUGGAGGCAGAGUGUGAGGCGUUUGAGCAGAAGAUCAUGGAAGCUGGAGGGAUAGAGUUAUUUGUUGGAGGUAUUGGACCUGAUGGGCACAUCGCCUUCAACGAGCCUGGAUCCAGCUUGGUCUCCAGGACGCGAGUGAAGACCCUUGCCAAAGACACCAUCCUUGCCAAUGCUAGGUUUUUUGGGAAUGACCUGUCCAAAGUCCCCACUAUGACCUUAACUGUUGGUGUGGGAACAGUAAUGGAUGCCAGAGAGGUUAUGAUCUUAAUCACUGGUGCGCACAAAGCCUUUGCCCUCUACAAGGCCAUCGAGGAGGGUGUAAACCACAUGUGGACAGUCUCAGCGUUCCAGCAGCACCCCCAAACCAUCUUCGUGUGUGAUGAGGAUGCCACUCUGGAGCUCCGGGUGAAAACCGUCAAGUACUUCAAAGGGCUGAUGCAUGUGCACAACAAACUGGUGGAUCCUCUGCACAGCGUUAAGGAGCAGAAGCAUUAAAACAGCAGAAGCACAGAGAAACUGGAGCCAUGGCAGUCAAAAAACCAGCGGAACCUGGAGUAUGAGUUUGCUCAGCGACCUGUGCACUCCAACAUUAAUUGUACAUUGGUUAGAAUGACCAUACUGGGGAAACAGAUUGAGGACAGGACUGUUAUUUCCUGCCCCCGUCUAUACUGUAAAUCUACCCAAAUCGGUUUGUUACCCUGUGCUUCACUUUGUGGUUUGCAUUUCGCACGUGAAGUAUGAAUGCAAGUUUUGAUUGAUUUGAUGUCGAACGCUUUAUGGCUCCCAAGAUUGAACACUAAUGAUGGAACCGUGCUUCCCCUCCCUCUAAUGCUGCUGCUCCAUUUGUUUCUGGAAAUUGGAAUUGAACUACGGUACAAGGAGUACAAGCCUUUCUCUCGCUUUCAGGCAGGAAAAUGAAAAAUGUCAUAAAUCAUGCCAUUUUAUGUAGAACUGAACUCUUCAUUUUUUUCUUAGUUGACAGGAAACUUCUGAUUAACUUAAUGGAUUAAUGCUCCCUUGUUUGAAUUAGCUUUUUUUUUUAAAGAUCCUUCCCAUGCGUAAUUUCAGUGUUUAGGUGUAUUGUCUGUUAAAAUGUCAUUUUCCAUUUUUCUGCGUAGAUCAUAGGGGAUUAUCAAAUAUUGACUUUAUUCACUGUUUCCAAGCUCUCAGGACUCGGUUGUAUCACAUUAGAGGGAAAAAUUCCAAGGUAAGCCAAGUAGAGGCCAGGAAGACUGAAGCAGCCUGUUUGAUAAAGCUGGCAUUCUUACAAACCUCUUUAUGAUGAACUUUUCAAGUGCUGUACAAUGGUGCGUUUACUGGGCAUGGGAUAGUGUUUACUUUAUGCAAAUAUUUUACAUGUAGUUCCACUAUGUCAGGUUAUAUUCAUUUAAGGUUACUUAAGGCUGUUAAAAUUGUGAACCCUUGACCUAUUUUUUCUAUGAAACUGGAGAUUGUAGUCACUUUUCAGUCAUGUCGAGAAAGUGAACAUAUAUUUGAAAAUAACACUAGCAAAUUACAUAAAUCAAGGCGAUUGACACGCUAUUUACCACAUGAUGGAUGUAUGGUUUUAGUUACUGUACAUAACUACCGUAAAAAAAAAAAAAUGAAGUUUAACACACUCCACAUUUUGUACUGUAGCAGCAAGGGCCAAUCAAACUGUAGCACAUUUUGUUCUCGUAUAUUAACCACUCCGCUGGUUCACUUGAACCUUGUAACUGAGUACACUGUGUCCACACAGAAAUGUGGCACAGGAAAUCUCAAUCGCUCCCACAACAGUGUGGUAAUAGAUGGACACUGUUGUAAAUGUCUGGAAGUUGUCGCACUGUAAAAUCCUACCAAAGGGAGAGAACUGCUGCUUGUGGGGAACAGAUACAAAUCACAAAUGUAUCCUUCCGCUCCUGUGCCCGAGAACACACCCUUUUGCAUUCUCACAAUUUAUACUCAUAAGGGCUCAAUGGGUCUGUACUGUGGUGACUAAUAAAUCAAUUUGUUUAAAAAAAUA